UGGUGCGCUGUGUCCCUCGGACACAGAGGAUCACCGAUCACAGAAAGAGCCAAAGAUGUCGGCUCGGUCAUGUGAUCAGCUGUGUCCAAUCACAGCUGAUCACAUCAGUGCCACCUGUCAGUGUUUAUCAGUGCCUUGUGUCAUUACACAUCAGUGCCCCGUGCCAGUGCCCAUCAGUGCCACAUCAAUGCCACAUAUCAGUGCCUACCAGUGCACAUCAAUGCCACAUAUCAGUGCCCAUCUGAGCUGCCUUUCAGUGUCACCCAUCAGUGCCAGUCAGUGCCACCUAUCAGUGCUGCCAAUCAGUGCCACCUAUCAGUGCCAGUCAGUGCCGCCUAUCAGUGCCAGUCAGUGCCGCCUAUCAGUGCCUGUCAGUGCCGCCUAUCAGUGCCUGUCAGUGCCGCCUAUCAGUGCCUGUCAGUGCCUCCUAUCAGUGCCUGUCAGUGCUGCCUAUCAG